AUGAACACGUUCCGCCAGCCGGUGGUCGCCGUCUCGCACGGCGCGGGGCCGCUCUGGCUGCUGGACGAGGGCGCCGCCAACCUGAACAAACACUCGCAGUCGGCCAAGAACGUGGCCGACAUCUUCAGCAAGAUCUACAUGAGCGACGCCCAGCUGCCCAAGCGCAUCCUGUUCGUGUCUGCGCACUGGGAGGCGCGCAGCACCGGGAUCGAGGUCUCCAAGUCCGCCGCGCCCGAGAUGUUCUAUGACUACAGCGGGUUUCCGCCCGAGUCCUACGAGCUCGUAUACGGCGCCAAGGGCGACCCUGCGUUCGCUACGAGAGUCAAGGAGCAGCUGUCCAAGAGCGGUAUUACGUCCAAGCUCGUGGACCGCCCGUUCGACCACGGCGUGUUCGUGCCCAUGUUCCUCAUGCGCCCGCAGGCCGACAUCCCCAUUGUCACCAUGUCUAUCAACGACCGCAUGCUUGACGCGAAGGACCACUUCGAGCUCGGCAGGGCGCUCGCACCACUCCGAGAUGAGGACACACUGAUCAUCACGUCGGGCCAAGCCACGCAUAACAUGUACGCCGACUGGUUCCCGGAGGGCCACCCGAUUGAGCCCUGGGCACUUGAGUUCCAGAACUGGCUGGACAAAACUCUGUCGUCGGCGUCCACGCAAACCUACAAGGAGCGCAUGGAGUCCGCCAUAGCAUGGAAAAAGGCUCCGUACGCAUCGAAGUGCCAUCGCACGCCGGACCACUUCACGACGUUCGUGGUCGCGGCCGGUGCUGGCAUGGAGGAGAACCAGCCCGCAGCGAAGAAGCUCAAUGGCGGGUGGGGUCUUGGGCACAUGUCCUUUGCCUCGUACGCGUGGGGUGUGGACUCGAAUCUCAGCGACGUAGUAAAAGACGAGCUGUAG